UCACCACGAUCAGAUCCAAUCUCAUCAAAGCAGAUUGUGCGCCGCGCAGCGCACAAGCCCAACAGGGCCGGCCACGGCCAUCAUCAAUUCAUACAGCUGCCCUUUUGCCGGCCGUGGGCAAAGCAAAACAAGCAAGCAAAGCAAUCCCCGAUUCCAAAUUUCCAGCCCCAAUUCCAAUUCCAAUUCCCCCAAUCCCCAACAUCGCGCAAACCCUAGAACUCCACCCGCCGCCGCCGCAGUUCUGCAAAUUCGCGUGGGUGCAUGGAUCCGCCCCCGCCCUACGACCACCACCACCAUCGCCGCCACGGCGGUGGUGGCCACCACUACGUCGACCAGCAGCACCACCACUUCGCGGGGGGAAGCAGCAUCAGCGGCGGCGCGACCGUGCGGUCCAGGCACGAGUACGGCUCCUACGAGCCCCUCCCGCCGGCGCCGUACGGCCAUCUCCACCACCACCACCACCACCACCAUAACCCUCCACGGCAUCAGCAGCACCAGCAGCAGUUGCCCCCGCCUCCUCCGCUCCCGCCGCCGCCGUCGCAGCAGCCGCACCGCUACGACGGGCCCAGCUACGCGCCGCCGCUCCCCGCGCCUCCUCCCGAGCCCUACUCCACGCCUCCUCCCCCGCCGCCGCCGCCGCAGUACUCCACGCCUCCUCCUCCGCCGCCAACGUACCACAGCCCCGCUCCCCACCACCACUACCACCACGCCCACCAGCGGCACGGCGACGAGGAGAUCCGCCGCGCUGCGGGUCACCACCACCACCACAACCCACAGCACCAGCAUCACCACCAUCACCAGCAGCAGCAGCUCCAGUGGGAGGAGGCUGAGGACGACAGGCGCAGAUAUGCCCCCACCCACCAGCUCCGGAUGUCGCCGCCCGGCCCGCGGAAGAGGCAGCGGUGCGCCUUACAUGAUGGGGGCGGUGGUGACGUCGAGAGCACCUCAAGCUCUGGCCCGCCCCCUUCCCGGUAUCUCAGGCAGCAGCCCCAUCCCAACUAUGCACCACAGGUUGACAGUUUUGUAGAUAGGUCCCCCGCGCAUCUGGGUUACAGCCACGAGAGCUACUCGACCCACAGCGACGGCAGGAAGGUACAGAUGCCUUUGCAGACGACACUAUCUGGCUCUCCACGUGCCACAAUUGUGGCGCACCCGAGGCGCACCCCGCAGAAGGUCGCCCCUAGGAGACUUUCUGUGUGGCAGCGGAUAGAGGAGAGCCCUGCUGCUUCUACGCGGCAGCUGCCAAAGGACACACAUAUUUCGCCACGCAAGUCAAACAAUACUGGGUCUGCUUCGAAGGAAUUGGCCAGCGUGAUUUCUGUGGACUGUAAGGCGAAGAGUGCUGGUAGCAACGAUGGUAAUAGCAGUAAAGGAGUGAAGAAGGAUGCUGGAAAGAAGAUUGGGAAGGUGUUGGCCUCUGUUCUUGUGAAGCCUUCACCAGAGUCCAAGGAAAAAAGAGAGGCUGUUAAAAAGAUCUCUGAGAAGCAUGAUAAUGUUCAGAAGAGUGUGGCAGGUUCGACUAGCAAAGAUUUGGGCCUGGCUGCUCAGCCUGUGACUGGCGUGAAGAAAGUGAAGAAGAUAGUUAUCAAAAAGAUCGUUAGGAAGAUUGGAGGCAAAGAUCAACAAAUUAGUAGCUCAAUCGUCUCAGGAAAUAGGAAUAGUAUUGAUAAUGCAAACACUUGCGAGAAAGAAGAGGGUGAGAUCAUAAUGUCAUCGGCUGAAAAGGAUAUUGUCUCUGUUCACAAUUCGGUUAGCACCAGUGAUACAGAUGGAGCUGGCAAUGGUGCGGCUGUCCAAACGGAUGAAAAUAAUAAUGUGACAAAUCCACGUAAAAGGAAAAUUGCUUCAACUAUCGAGUCCGUUGCAGUUUCUAAUCCAGCAGGUGUUAGUGUGAGUGAGCAUCCUGGAAAUGAAGACGACAGAAGGUCCAUGGGACCAGCUGAUUAUAAUGCUGCUUCGGCUGGUAAUACACGUAGGACUGAACAUCCUGGGAAAGAUGAUAGGAGCUCCAUGGAUUCGGCUGCUAGGAAUUCAGCCUUUUUGUUUAAGAAUGAUAAUUAUCAGGAGGAGGAGGAGGAGGGUGAAAUCUUGUCUCUUUCUGGUGAAAUGAAUGUUGCAGUUGCUAGUAAUCCCGUGGGAACAUCUGAUCAGUGUAAAGAUUCUAGCAUGGGAGAGAGCAAAGUCUGUAAGGGUGUGAGUGAGAAAAACAAUACAUGCAUGGAUGGUGUUAUAGUAAAUCAUGACACGCCAGAAGUUUGUGGAAGCAAGGAUACCAGGAGGGAAGGCAACGGCAUCUUGAUUGGAACAAAUAAAGAGGAUGUUCUCCGUGUAAGCAAUUUCAUUGCAGGACCUAGUACAACAGAGGUUACUAACUGUGAGAGAGAGGGUGCUCAGAAAAAUGAGGAUAUGAUUCUGACUGGAUCAGUUGGAAAGAGUGUUCCUUGUUUAGAUGAGACUCUGGGAACUCCUGGGGCAAUAGAAGUCGAUGCGAGUCAGGAUGCUCGUGAGGAAGAAGGUAACAUGCUGACUCAUCCAUGUCAAAAGGGUUUUGUGUAUGUUAACUCUAGGGGAACUCUUCAUACUACUGAAUUCAGCGCCAGUGAGAAUAUCCAGGAUAAAGAAGGUAGAAUGCCCAUGGUAUCAAGUGAAGGUAAUGUUUCUGUGACACAUCAUGUGAAGGUUUCUUAUACAAGGGAACUUAGUUUGAAUAAGGAUACAAGGAAGAAAGAGAGUCAAUUCCCCAUUGACUCGUGUCAAACUAGCACUUUAGAAAUAAUGCACCACUUGGAAGCUCCUAGUACAACAGAAGCUAUUAUGAGCAAGAUUGUUGGGGAGGAAGUGGGUAUGAGCCCCACAGGGUCAAAUGAUAGACAUCCUGGCACUAGUAACUCUACGAGUACUCUAGAAUUCAAUUUAGCUGACAGAACCAAGGAUAGCCACAUGGAAGAUCUCGAUGACGAAACUGCUUUAAAUGAAACAGAUGCUCCCCGGCAAGUUGAGGGUAGAGAUUUCUUUAAUCUGCCAUCUUCCAGAAAUAUUGGAAGCACAAAUGUGCCAUCAUUGAAUGACGAUCCUAUGGAGGAUUCAACCAGUGAUAUUAUUUUGAAUAAUGGUGUAGAAAGGGGCGCUACAACUCAGGUUGCAGAACUGAUAAAUCUUCAUAGAGGCCAUCUGUCUCCUGAGAUUGAUUUUGUCUUGGCACAUUCCUGCGAAUCUUCAUCUGUCUCUGGUAACAGCGAGCAGUCCGUUCCUACAGCUUUGACACUUGGCAGUAAUUUCUAUUUCAGUACCACAGAAAGUGAGGGACAGCCUGAGGAAAACCAUGAGCUGUUGAAUGGUCAACAAGGAUUAGAUGUUGCCACAGUGACAGAAUUUGACAGUCUUGUAACACGAAAAGUUGUAGCUGAUGACGACUUAAUGGGUGCAGGCGUUCAAAACUGGCUGACUUUACCACCGACAGUAAACAACAUUGCAAUAGCUGGGAAACUUCUGGCUAAUGAUGCUACUGUUACAAAGGAUAGGAUAGGUUUAGAUCAGAGCGUGGAUGACGCCACCCUCGUUAGUCAGGAUCAUGAUAUUACACAAGAUAUGUACCAUUGUGGAAGUAUGGAUGCUUUCUCUAGUCAGGUUAACAGCAUUAGGCUAUCUGGCAGCGAUAUGCCUCAGUCAGACCCAUUGACACCCAAAGUGAUCAGUGAGGAUGUUGAUAAUGAUGAUGGGAUAGUACUCUCGGGUUUGCACUCUGUUAGUUCAAUAAAUGUUUUAGAUCAAUCUGGUCAUACAAUGGUGGAUGUCCCUACUGUUAAUCCUAUUGACACUGCUCUCGGAGCUUUAGAAUCUACUGAUGUGAUGGAUGCAGAACUAGUUUCUCCUCAGGUAUCUGUUGAGCCAGAUCAUACCUAUGACAGUAAUACUGAGGGUCCUGUCGUUGACUCAAGCACAAAUCAGGAUUCAUUAUCUUCUUGGAUUGGAUCCAUUGUUUCAGAAGCUAAAAAGGACCAUCAACCAUGCAAAUCUACUCUACCUUCUAUUAGUUUUCCUGACAAGAUACUUGCAUCAGAGGAGGAUAGCAGGAGAGCAGUAUUGGACUCAGUUGCAAAAUCUGUUGUAAAAUCUCCUCAGACAAAUGUUACAAGCUCUUUGCCUCCCAAGGUAGUACCUAAACAGGUGAAUAUACCCAGCUUAUCCCGAGAGCCUCCUCGCUCAAGUCAAAAUGCAAGGCACAAGACAUGGCAUCGUGGUGACAUGGCAUCUUCUGCGUCUUCGCAUGGUUCACAGCCUUCAGGAUUACCCCCUAAACAACCACCGAGGAGGAAUGGAAAAAUUCAAAACUCUUACAUACGCAAGGGUAACGCCCUUAUUAGGAAUCCAGCAACGGGAAGUGUUCCUGCUUCCUCUUCUAAUCCAGAUACUCAGAAUAAGUUGAAUAAGCCUGUGAUGAGGAGAAGCAUGAACUUUGUCAGGAAAGUUGAUUCAAAUGAUUCCAUGGCACGUUCUAACUUUUCAGUUGAAAGACCAAAGACUCCUCCUUUACCACUUCACGCCAAAUUCAUCAAUCCUACCAUGAACCUUCCAGAGCAGUCACCUCAAACUUUGCACAAGCAGCACAGUCCUGAAACCGAAAAAGAAGAGUCUGUUGGUAAGUUAUACUCAGGUGUUGAUUUCCCAAGCAUCAAAAGUGCACAAAAAUCUGAACCCUCAGAUACUAGUAAAGUGGUUUAUGUUAGACCCAAAUCAAAUCAACUGGUUGCUGCUCAAAGGCAGGACGCUGAUGACUCGAUUAACAGUGCCAUGGAUAAGGUUCUAUCACUGCAGCCACACACAAGCUCUGAUUUCUAUUUGAAGAAUAGGAAAAAUCAGAUUAUUUUGAGUUCCUCUUCCCUUGAUGGUCAAAGCACAAAAGAAAUAACAACUGCUAAGAACUCAAAUUCAGGUGAGAACAAAGGUGUACAUAUUGCAUCCUCCAACAAUAGUAUCACUGUGUUCAAGGACAUACCACGUAAAGCUCUUCAGACAACAAAUAAUAUGGGGAGUUUCUCUCAUGUGUGGACACUCAACGGGCAACAACCGCAGAGGAAAGUGUCCGUGGCAACUGGUUAUAUGAAGGCAUCCCGACGUAUACUUCCAUGGAAAAGAAAAAUAUACUACAAGAAUUUUAGAAGCAGUCACCCUCAGAAUGUGAGCUCCUUGCGGCUAGUCAGAAGAUUAUUGCAAGCAAAGAAGAGAGAUAUGGUUUAUACCGUCUCAACUGAUGGAUUCACUAUACGGAAAUCUCCCGUAUUAAGUGUUGGUGGAUCAAGUUUGAAAUGGUCACGAUCCCUUGAGAAGCGUUCUCAAAAGGUUAAUGAGGAAGCUACACGUGCAGUUUCUGACGUUCAAAGAAUGAGGAGAGAAAAGUGGAAGCAGCUUACUGAAAGAAGUGAUCAAUAUUCUGUAUCUGUCGACGGCAAUAAAUUAAUGAACAACAAUCAAGCAUCUUCAGAUUUGAGGAGGUCUUCAACUUGCAACGAAUAUGUGCGUGUUAGCAAAGGUAACCAACUGGUUAGGAACCCAAAGAAAGUGAUCCGCAUGCUAGCAAAUGAGAAAGUUCGAUGGAGUUUGCACACUGUUAGAUCACGACGCCUGCCAAAGAAACCACAGUACUGUCAAUUCUUCACUCGGUUUGGCGAGUGUAAGAAACCUGAAGGCCAGUGUCGUUAUAUUCAUGACCGUGCUAAAGUUACUAUUUGCACCAAAUUUCUUAAAGGUCUGUGUUCUGAUACUAGCUGCAAACUGACUCACCAGGUCCUUCCAGAACGAAUGCAAGAUUGUUCAUAUUUUCUGAGAGGUCUCUGCACCAACACAGCUUGUCCCUAUAGGCAUGUGAAAGUGAAUUCUAAUGCUCCUGCUUGUGAAGACUUCUUAAAGGGAUAUUGUGCAGAUGGUGAUGAGUGUCGUAGAAAGCACACCUAUGUAUGCCCGGUCUUUGAGGCGACAGGAGAGUGCGCACAACAAUCUAGUUGCAAACUUCAUCAUCCAAAGAAGCUAAUCAAAUCCAAGAGAAGCAGACCAGACACCCCCCAAAACAGUAGUUGGGGACGAUAUUUUGACACCAACAUUGGACAUGACCGUGAGACAAGGAAAGCUUCGUCAGACCAAGACCACGUGCAGAAACUGCAGCAUGUUUUCUCUGGUGGGGACUUUGUUGACUUCAUCAGACUUGACUCUGACGGUGUGGCAGAGGAUGGUGCAUCAGACGGUGUGCAGCUGAUGGAACUGGACUCGGAGGAUCUCAAUGCGCAGGCUGAUAGUAUUGAUGCGCUAAUCAAGCCUCUUCGGAUCAUGAGAACAGCAAGAGUGUGACACCUGAUGGAAUUGGGCUGGGGGAAUUUCGACCUGUCGGUUGUGCAGAUUGAUACCCUUGACACACAAACUAAGCCGCUUUUGAUCAUGAGGACUAGAGUUUGACAGCUGAUGUGAUUGGACUAGGGAUAUUCCAAGUUUUGGACGUGCAGAUUAAUAUUCUUCACAAGCAAAUCAAGCCCCUUCGGAUCACAAGAGGAGUCUGGCAAGUUUUUUGAUUACCUCAGAUAUUGCUGUUAAUACAAGCUGAGAGCUCACUGCACCUCUGUUUCAAGUCUAUACAUUACGUCAGGAAGCUCAUGAGCUGACAUAUAGACAGGGAAAACAACAUGUCCAGUUCAUCUUUUCUGUCUUUUGUUACAGCCCAUCACAUUUUCGUUCGUCUUGUACUUAGACAGGUUUUAUGGUUUUGCGCAGAGAGUGAGAGCAACUUGCUGCAUUACCCAUGUAAUGUAACUUCACCUAGAGUCGAAUGUAAAAAACAAUUAUAUUACCUGUCCAGGGAGAAAUCAAAAUUAUCUUGAGCUACUCGUUUAUC